ACCAACUACUAACCUUUCUGCCAGGGUGUUAACAGUGGAAACAGAGGGCCCCUUCUGCUCUAGCCCAGGGCAGUAGGGGCUCCCCAUGCAGGGUCCACCAGGGCCCAAGUAUAUCGAAGAGGCACAGAGGAAGCAACACAGUUCAGUGUGGCCUCAGGCCGAAGUCUUAUCUGGCAUGUCUUCCUCCUCAUAAUGAAAGUAGUCCUGUUACAAUCAGCCAAAAUGAACCUCAUGGAUAUCACCAAGAUCUUCUCCCUCCUGCAGCCCGAAAAAGAGGAGGAGGACACAAACACCGGGGAAAAACAGGCUCUCAAUCAAGCAGUGUAUGACAACGACUCCCAUACCUUGGAUCAGCUUCUACGCCAGGAGCGUUACAAACGUUUCAUCAACAGCAGGAGUGGCUGGGGUGUUCCUGGAACACCCUUGCGCUUAGCUGCUUCUUAUGGACACUUGAGCUGUGUGCAGGUCCUCCUGGCACAUGGCGCUGAUGUUGACAGUUUGGACGUCAAGGCACAGACACCACUUUUCACUGCCGUCAGUCAUGGCCAUCUGGACUGUGUGCGUGUGCUUUUAGAAGCUGGUGCAUGUCCUGGAGGUAGCAUCUACAACAAUUGUUCUCCUGUGCUCACAGCUGCCCGUGAUGGUGCUAUUGCCAUCCUGCAAGAGCUCCUAGGCCAUGGUGCAGAGCCCAAUGUCAAGGCUAAGCUACCAGUGUGGGCAUCAAAUAUAGCUUCAUGUUCUGGCCCUCUCUAUUUGGCUGCAGUCUAUGGACACCUGGACUGUUUCCGCCUGCUUUUGCUCUAUGGGGCAGAUCCUGAUUACAACUGCACUGACAAGGGCCUACUAGCUCGUGUUCCACGACCCCGCACCCUCCUUGAUAUCUGCUUUCACCAUAAUUGUGCGCCAGAGUAUAUCCAGCUGUUAAUUGAUUUUGGUGCUAAUGUCUACCUUCCAUCUCUCCCUCCGGACCAGACCUCUCAUGAUGAUAAAGGUGUUACAUUGCUGAUACAGGCCCGAGCCACUCCACGGUCACUCCUAUCCCAGGCCCGUUUAGUUAUCCGCAGAGCCCUGCGCCAGACCUGCCAGCCACAAGCCAUCGACCAGCUGGAAAUUCCCCCCGUGUUGAUUAGCUACCUCAAACACCAAACAUGAUCUUGCAAUGUUUCCAGGAACUCAUGAUGCCUCCAAAAACCACCUAAGGACCCAGGUAGCUGUAGGGCACAACAACCCACUCAACUGGAGCUGUCCUCCCAUAUUAUCCUCCAUGAUUAAAUCCUCAGCAAAAAGUC